AUGGCGGAGACUGGAGCAGCUUCUCCUCCGCAUCGCGAGGAGGAUGCGCUGUCGACCAAGGCGUCGCCAUUGUACAGCAACCAACAUUUGCUUCACCAUGACUGGGGCGCUGUCACAUCCGCAUGGCUGCAGAAAUUUCCCGAUCCGAACUUACCCCAGGUGACCGCAGUGGACACGGUCGAGAGGUAUAUCUGCGAGACAGAGCAAACCAUGCGCUUGCAGCGAGUGUUCCACUGCACCUUCAAAAUCCCGAAACUCGUGGAGCGGGUGCUCGGGAAGAAGGUGUCCGUUAUAUGCGUUGAGGACUCGCAUUGGGACCUCAAGCGACGGCGUCUCGUCGUGUAUGGCCGCAACGAGACUUGGCAGCAUCGCAUUCAGAUUAACGAGAUGUGCUGCUUCACGGAGGUUGCCCCUGGGCAGACGCUGUACACGCAGUCGGCCACAGUGUCCUACCGUAGCGGCGUCAUCAGUGGGCUGCUCAUGCCAGUCGUGAAUGAGCUCUGUGCUGGUGUGUGCCAGAAAAACGCCCAGAAGGGCACAUUGGCAUUGUCAGAGCGUGCUGCGAAAGAGGAGGCGAUCCUGAAAGGAACAGCUGCUCCAGGCGUUGGUCAGGCACCCACCGUGCUGGCCCUGGACUCAAUCACAGGGGGACGAAUAUAUUGUUCUCGCUGGAGCUCUCCUUGGCGGUCUUGGGUGCCUCUCCUGCACGCGGGCGCGCUGAUACCUGCGCGGCCCCGGGCGCGAAAGACGGGCGUGCGCCAUCUCUUGGCAACGGAGCUGCCACGGGGCGCGGUCGUGCUGUCGCUGCUCGGCCUUGUGCCCGCAGAUGGAUGCAACGCACUCGUCCUCCUCCUCCAACAUCUCCUCCUCCUCCUCCUCCAACUCCUCCUCAAUGAGGAGGAGGACCCUCGUCCUCCGCCUCCUCCUCCAUCCCCACCCCGAGCUCUGCGAGGCUCUGCCCCUGGCGGGGCCGCCCGCAGGGUGCGCCUCUGCUCACGGGGAGCGCCGCCGGGUGCCCCCCCUUGCCCGCGGCGAGGGCGCGCGAGUGGGCAUGCCGGGGUGCGCGGCGAAAAGUACAGUCGGGAGCCUUGA